AUGAGCUUCAUCGACGACAUUCUGGAGGAUUACGACAAAAGGCUGUGGCCGACGUACGGAACUGAUGAGCCAACAAUGGUGGAAGUCGAGCUCUGGGUCAACAGCUUCGGGCCCCUGGACAAUUCCAACAUGGACUACACAGUGAACCUGUACCUACGCGAGUCCUGGUUCGACCCACGGCUCAGUCUGCUGCGACACGGCGUCAACGAGACGUUCGUGAUCAAUGGCGGAGAUAUCGCCGGCCAGCUGUGGAAACCCGACCUCAUAUUCGUCAACGUAAAGGCGGCCCGGGUGCAGGAGAUCACCGUGCCCACCAGCCUCGUCAGUAUAUUCCCCGAUGGCCGCGUCCUCUAUAGUCUACGGUUAAAUCUUCGACUGUCAUGCCCCAUGGACUUUCAGCUUUAUCCCUUCGACACGCAAAAAUGCCACAUCAUAAUUCUGCAAUUUUCAGGGAAUUUCACGGUUCUUCAGUACACAUUUGUGCUUCAACGUCUCCGUGGAUACUACCUCAUUUACGUAUAUCUGCCCAGUAGCCUGAUUGUGUGUGCCUCAUGGAUUUGCCUCUGGCUAAAGGUGGAGAUCCCCCAGGCCCGAGUGGCCCUGGGUGCGGUGACGCUGCUCACGCUAGUGUCGCUGGCGGGCAGCGUUCGUACCACCAUUCCGCGGGUCGCGUACGUGAAGGCCAUCGACGUGUGGUACGCCACCUGCAUCAUCUUCGUCUUCGCCGUGCUCAGUGUGGCCACCUGCACGCACUACCUGGUGCGCGUGCGCCUCAGGCCGCUCUGCGUACGACGCGUGGACCACUGGGUCGUCGACGUGUACCAGAGGCUGGUUUACGGGCGUCGCACGGACCCAUUCCUGCUGACCAUGGACCGGGAGAACAAGCUGGAACUACACCGCAACGUCAAGAUGUCUCAGGCUUUCGAGAGGGUGGCCAGAUACAUGUUUCCCAUCUGCUUCGGGUUCUUCAACAUCGUCUACUGGUCCUUCUAUGUGGAGAGGUCCUACUACCCCUGACGCACCACGAUUUCUUCUGCUUCUGACGAUUUGUUAUCACGAGAGGGUCACGGUGAAAGUUAGCCCAUUUCCUGUUAGCUAACAUUUAUCAGUAAAUGAACCUACUAGACAAUGCCGGUCCUCUCGGCAAACAUGCAUAUUUCUUCGCCAAUUGAAGAAGUGUAGUGCACGUACCCUUGCAGAAAGCAUUGCUAAUCGCGGACGCCGCCAAUGCAGAAAUGAGGCAGCUUUCGACGGCAAAACUGUGCCUCAUGCGGGCGUGCUCUGGCACUAAAGAAGGUCUAAAAACUGUAAUGCGUUCGAGCUCUCGCGUCUGGCAACGAUGGGAAACAACGGCCGCACCGCAAGGUAUUACCAUGUAUAGGUGUUCUGUAGUAUUGCGUCCAGUCGUGGUACGGUCAUGGUGGAUUACAAGUCUAACUGCGAUGUUUUACAUGACAUUCUUCAGGUGCAUUCACGGUGUCGCCAUCGGCUGUUGGUGGCGCAGUUCCUCUGUAG